AUGGAAAGAUUGCAAAGAUUGAUGAUGAAUUCCAUGGGGAAGAUGGGAGGUGUUCCAGGUGCUGAUACUGACAAAGAUGAUACUAAGGAAACUAUUUACAUCUCUUCGAUUGCUUUGUUAAAGAUGUUAAAACAUGGUAGAGCAGGUGUGCCCAUGGAAGUUAUGGGAUUGAUGUUAGGUGAAUUCGUGGAUGAUUAUACAGUUAAUGUCGUUGAUGUAUUUGCCAUGCCUCAGAGUGGUACUGGUGUUUCUGUUGAAGCAGUAGAUGAUGUCUUUCAAGCUAAAAUGAUGGAUAUGUUAAAACAAACAGGUAGAGAUCAGAUGGUCGUUGGUUGGUAUCAUUCCCAUCCAGGUUUCGGUUGUUGGUUGUCAAGCGUGGAUGUCAACACUCAAAAAUCUUUUGAACAAUUAAAUAGUAGGGCUGUGGCCGUUGUUGUCGAUCCAAUUCAAUCUGUAAAAGGCAAGGUUGUCAUCGAUGCCUUUAGAUUAAUCGAUACCGGUGCUCUAAUAAAUAACCAAGAACCAAGACAAACAACAUCAAAUGUUGGGUUAAUGAAUAAACCAAAUAUUCAAGCCUUGAUCCAUGGUCUAAAUAGGCAUUACUAUUCUUUAAAUAUCGAUUAUCAUAAGACUCCAGCUGAAACAAAGAUGUUAAUGAAUUUACAUAAAGAACAAUGGCAGUCUGGUUUGAAAUUAUACGACUAUCAAAUUAAGGAAGAUAAAAAUCUGAAAGCCACAAAACAAAUGGUAAAAAUUGCACAACAAUAUUCUAAAAGAAUUGAGGAAGAAAAGACUUUGACAGAAUCCGAAUUAAAAACACGUUAUGUAGGGAAACAAGAUCCAAAGAAGCAUUUAAGUGAUAUUGCUGAAGCAUUAUUAGAGGACAAUAUUGUAUCUGUCCUAACAUCUGGGGUUGAUUCUAUAGCUAUUUAA